AUGAAGACCAGGCAGCCCCCUUUUAGGCUAAAUCCCAAUGUUGUUGGUGGCAACACAAACACCACAGCUACUGGUCAGUCUCAGGCUAGCAUUCAAUCUCUGGAAGUUGCACAUCUAUCUAAAGUGGUAGCUGCCUUAAAACCAAAUGCCAUGUACUCAGGUACAGAAACACCACAAAACGACCCAAAAUCUACCAAUAACCAUGACCAUACAGGGCAGGGUCAGUCUCAGGCCAUCACCGAAUCCAACACAAACACCACAGCUACUGUAAUGACCAGUGGUGACGAUCACCAGUAUGAGGACAUUGACAACCCCCGUGUUAAAACAGGGCAGGGUCAGUCUCAUACUAUCACUAAAUCUAACACAAACACCACAGCUACUGUAAUGACCAGGGGGCAUGAUCAGACAGGGCAGGGUCAGUCUCAGACCACCACUGCAUCCAACACAAACACCACAGCUACUGUAAUAACCAGUGGUGAUGAUCAGACAGGGCAGGGUCAGUCUCAGACCAACACUUCAUCCAACAAAAACACCACAGCUGCUGUAAUGACCAGGGGUCAUGAUAAUAUAGAGCAGGGCCAAUCUCAGGCUAACGCUGAAUCUCCAGUUGAAAAUAUGCCACGUAACGAAGUGCUAGCUGCCUUACAGCCAAACACUAUGUAUGUAGGUGUAAAAACACAACCAAAGGACGAAGCAUCUACAGAAAUGGGCAAUAGGCACGAUUAG